AUGGAAGAAGGAGAUCAUCAUCGAGUUUUGGGAGAAGGAGGAGUCUCCGUUAAUGGAAAAUUAACGAGAAAGCCUCGAAACCAGCCGUUGACUGCCAUAGACAGGUUCUUAUGUGGUAGUCAUGAGAACCAUUUUACUCAUCAACAAAACGUGGCCGGGAGUCCGGAGAAGAAUCGUCAGCCUCAUGGCAAUGGCGGACGAGAGUGCAAUUUUUCGGCUCCACUUUAUCAUCAAGAAGAAGGCCAUCACUUUGAUGAUCAUCAGUUUCCGUUGCUAGGGUUCGAAGAGUCGAGCUUUAUUAACGGAUUGUUCUUUCUGGAACAUGGAGUGGCUGGAGAAAACGAUGAGAACUUGAUUGAGUGGCCGGCCAGCGACAAUAAUCUUGGGAAAGAGUUAGCAAAGAAUUCCAUCGGGGCUACAGGGAAGAGAGUGAAGAGAGGCUGCUCAAAAGCUCUGAUAAAGGGUCAGUGGACCGACGAAGAAGACAGAAAGCUAGUGAGCUUGGUGAAAGAAUAUGGAGAAAGGCAGUGGGCACAAAUUGCAAAGAAAAUGGCGGGAAGAGCAGGCAAGCAGUGCCGCGAGAGAUGGCAUAAUCAUUUGCGCCCUGACAUCAAGAAAGAUAGCUGGAGCGAAGAAGAGGAGAGGUUGCUAGUGGAAGCUCAUGAAAAAAUAGGCAAUCGAUGGGCAGAGAUUGCUAAAGACAUUCCCGGAAGAACUGAAAACACUAUCAAGAACCAUUGGAAUGCCGCAAAAAGAAGGCAGAACUCCCGGCGGAAGAACAAGGCCACCCUAAACAAACCCGAUCCUCAUCCUUCUGUUCUUGAGGACUAUAUCCGACGGAAGAACCUGUCCGCCAAACCCUCCACCACCAAUGCGGCUCUUAAGUCCGCCCCCAUCCAAGGCAGCACUGCAAAUGCUGCUGUUACCGCUAGCGGCUCGGGUUCCACCCUCUCGGACGAGCCCUGGUCCAAUGAAGAACCUACCCUUAAUAUGCUCCCGGAAUUAUCUGGAAUCGCUGAUUAUGAUGAGGAGCUGUUGUUCAUGCAGAAGUUUUUCACUGGCAAUUUCCAUCAGCCACUUCUCGGACCGACUCAGCUCCUGCUUCCGGCCCUUGAUUCUUGCAAUACACCCCAAAGCAGUAACAUCAGUGUCUCAAACUCGAACCAUGAACCUUCCUUUCUACAUCCCAACCUUUUUGUGCCGUAUUUGCCAGCAAAUGAGGCCCCGUCAGCGCCUGCCAUUCAGUACUAUGGAUUUGAGGACAAAGGGUUAAUGCAUCUGAAUGACAGUCAAGCUCCUACAUGUACCGGAAAAAGAGAGGUGGAUCUGAUGCAGGUGGCUUCCUCUUCCCAGCUCUCUCGAUCUGGGGAUUAG